ACGAAUUAGCCUAAGUUAUUAAAGAUGGCGACGGAGCGGAGUCGCUCUCCGAUGGACUCGCCGGUCCCGGCCUCUAUGUUCGCCCCCGAGCCCAGCUCCCCGGGGGCGGCCAGGGCCGCGGCAGCUGCCGCCCGGCUCCACGACGGCUUAGACUCAGACUGCAGCGAGGACGGCGAGGCGCUCAACGGCGAGCCGGAGCUGGACCUUACCAGCAAGCUGGUUCUAGUGAGCCCUACAUCAGAGCAGUAUGACAGCCUACUUCGGCAGAUGUGGGAGAGGAUGGACGAGGGAUGCGGAGAGACCAUAUAUGUCAUUGGGCAGGGAUCAGAUGGGACUGAGUACGGGCUGAGUGAAGCUGACAUGGAGGCCUCCUACGCCACAGUGAAAAGCAUGGCAGAGCAGAUAGAGGCUGAUGUCAUCCUCCUGCGGGAACGUCAAGAAGCUGGGGGCCGUGUGCGUGAUUACCUGGUCCGGAAACGAGUAGGAGACAGUGACUUCCUGGAGGUCAGGGUAGCAGUGGUGGGCAACGUGGAUGCCGGCAAAAGCACACUUCUGGGGGUCCUGACACACGGGGAGCUGGACAAUGGCCGAGGCUUUGCCCGCCAGAAACUCUUCCGCCACAAACAUGAGAUUGAAUCUGGUCGCACCAGCAGUGUAGGCAACGACAUCCUGGGCUUUGACAGCGAAGGCAAUGUGGUGAACAAGCCGGACAGCCAUGGUGGCAGCCUGGAGUGGACAAAGAUUUGUGAGAAAUCCACUAAAGUGAUUACCUUCAUUGACUUGGCUGGCCAUGAGAAAUACCUGAAGACCACUGUCUUUGGCAUGACGGGCCAUCUGCCGGACUUCUGCAUGCUCAUGGUGGGCAGCAAUGCUGGCAUUGUCGGGAUGACCAAGGAGCACCUGGGCUUGGCAUUGGCACUCAAUGUGCCUGUUUUUGUGGUGGUCACCAAGAUUGACAUGUGUCCUGCUAACAUCCUGCAAGAAACCCUGAAGCUGUUACAGCGCCUGCUGAAGUCUCCAGGCUGCCGGAAGAUCCCUGUGCUGGUGCAGAGCAAGGAUGAUGUGAUCGUGACGGCUUCCAACUUUAGCUCUGAGAGGAUGUGCCCGAUAUUCCAGAUCUCCAAUGUUACAGGCGAGAACCUAGAUCUGCUGAAGAUGUUCCUCAACCUCCUCUCCCCCCGCACCAGCUACCGGGAGGAAGAACCUGCUGAAUUUCAGAUUGAUGACACUUACUCUGUACCAGGCGUGGGGACAGUGGUAUCAGGGACAACACUCAGGGGCCUGAUCAAGCUGAAUGACACUCUGCUGCUGGGCCCAGAUCCUCUGGGUAACUUCCUGUCCAUUGCUGUCAAAUCGAUCCAUCGAAAGCGCAUGCCUGUCAAGGAGGUGCGGGGGGGCCAGACAGCCUCUUUUGCACUAAAGAAGAUUAAGCGCUCAUCCAUCCGGAAGGGCAUGGUGAUGGUUUCCCCCCGUUUGAAUCCCCAAGCAUCCUGGGAGUUUGAGGCUGAGAUCCUCGUCCUCCACCACCCCACCACGAUUAGCCCGCGCUACCAGGCCAUGGUGCACUGUGGGAGCAUCAGGCAGACGGCCACCAUUCUGAGCAUGGAUAAGGACUGUCUACGCACUGGGGACAAGGCCACUGUGCACUUCCGCUUUAUCAAGACACCCGAGUACCUACACAUAGACCAGCGACUGGUGUUCCGGGAAGGGCGCACCAAGGCUGUGGGCACCAUCACCAAGCUCCUCCAGACCACCAACAACUCUCCAAUGAACUCCAAGCCUCAGCAGAUUAAAAUGCAGUCGACGAAAAAAGGCCCCCUGACCAAACGAGAAGAUGGGGGUGCAUCUGGAGGGCCAGCAGUAGGGGUACCCCCUCCUGGAGAUGAAGCUGGCUCUCUAGGGGCUGCACAGUCAGCUGCGUCCAGCAGUCUCCAGCCAACGCUCAAGCCCAGCAGCGGGGGCCGGCGACGAGGGGGCCAGCGUCACAAGGUGACAGGAAUGUGCCGUGGUUCAGAGGACGUGCAGCUGACCAGGGUCUUGGGAUGUACCCCAGGGAAGAUGCUGAGAGGUGCUGUGGGGGGCCCUUCGGAUCUGGAUGUGUGCCGACAGGCAGAGGUCGCCAUCAGGCCUCUGUCCUCUCUGCUCAAAGAGCUACAAUGUUUGAGCCAGCUUUCGGAGGUCUCACCUUCUGCCCCGCCCACCAGCCCUCCUCCACUGCCAGUUCUCCAGCCUGUCCUAAAGGCACAGUCUACACAUCCUGAGAAGCCCCAACUACUCCCAUGGCUCCGUAUCACCUUGGAGCUCACAGCCAGGCUGUCCAGGCCCUGACCACUCCACUGGACCAUACCACAGGUG